AUGGAGCCAAUUAAAAACAAGAAUAAAAGGCAAGUAACGUUCUCAAAACGACGCGGAGGAUUACACAAAAAGGCCACUGAACUGCGUUUCAUGUGUGGUGCUCAAGUUGCACUUAUAACUUUUUCUCCUGGUGGAAAGUUAUAUACUUUUGGUCAUCCUAAUGCUGAUGUAAUUAUUCAUCAUUAUAUGAAUACUAUUAAUUCUUCAAAUUCUGAAGAAAUUAAUAAUUAUGACGUCAAAAAGUUUGGUACUUUAUCUCAUGAUCAACACUGUUAUCAAGAAGUUCAAAGUGAUGUAGAGAGAAAAGAGACAAAGAUGUUGGCGAAUCCGGGGUUUCCACGUGGAACUAAUUAUUAUUAUAAUAAUAAUAAUAAUGAUGAUGAAAAUUGUGGGUUUUGGUGGGAUCAAUCUAUUGAUGAUUUUGGAUUAGUUGGUCUUGAGAAGUUUAAGGUUGCAUUAGAGAGUUUAAGAAGUGAAGUUGUUUCGAAAAUCGAUACGAUUAAUCAUCGUACUUCGAUGGUUAGGAGAGACGACCCUCAAAAGUUCGAUUUUGGUUCUGUAAUGAUGGAUGGAAGGAGUCAUGUUGCUCAAGAUUUUGAAGAUUUUGGUUGGAAUUAUGGCAUGAGAUCAGAUGAUGGAUUAAGUGAUGAUACUUUGCUACACAUGCUUUUGAAUGAUGAUUAG